AUGAGUUCGGAUCAACCAAUUCCCACAUACUAUCCCUACAAUCCUAGUCAUGUCCUUCCUAUUGUCUUUGCUGUCCUCAUUGGAGGCUCACUAGCACCACACAUCUGGCAGAACUUUCGCUACCACUACUGGCGAGUAACAUUUUUCAUGUUCUGGGGUGGUCUCGUCUACAUGACCGGCUGGAUCCUCCGCUGUCUAUCCUCCUACCACCCAGGCAACAAAAAUCUCUACCUCGCCCAAACCGUCUUCGUCUUGGCUGGCCCACCAAUUUAUUCCGCCGCCGAAUACAACAUUCUCGGAAGACUCAUGCGCUAUGUACCGAUGCACGCUGCUAUCAAUCCUACACGGAUUGUCAUAUUCUUCGUCUAUGUUGGCGCAGCAGUGGAAGGCCUCACCGUCGCUGGAGCUGCACGGAUGGGUGCUGCGGGUGAGAACCAGGCUUUGCUGAAAAGCGGUGCGGUUCUUGUUGCUAUCGGAACCACUAUGCAAGCUGCUGUGGAGCUGGUAUUUGUGGCUAUGAUAGCACAACUUCACUAUCGAUGUGUGAAAUCGAAUAUGAACAUACGAAAUGUACGCAACGUGUGCAUCAUGCUUUACGGUACUUCAACCUUAGUGUUACUUCGUUGUAUAUUCCGCGGUAUCGAGAAAUUUGCAACAGCAGAUAUUGUUAAGACUGGGACUUGUGGUGCGCUCUGUCGAACGGUCAUACUCAAGGAAUGGUACCUUUACGUCUUUGAAGCAGCUCCCAUGGUCGUCUACACUUAUUGGCUUAAUUUUAUACAUCCUGCUAUGUUCUUGCCUCGAAAAUCGACAUAUUAUCUUGGUAAGGACUUGGUAAUUAGGAAUGGACCUGGAUGGGUGGAUGGUAGAGCUUCUUGGGUUACAUUCUUUGAUCCGUGCGACAUCAGAGGCACCGCAGAUAAGUUCUGGUUACGACCAGAUGAGUGGCCCGUUGUUUCUACUGGUGAUGUGGAACCCAAGAGCCAUUCAAAUGCCUGA